GGUUAUAUGAAUAGAGUGAGGUAGUGAUAGUGAGCUAUUUGAUUAGGUAAAAAAGCUAAUUGUUACAGUUAAUGGUUGAUUUGAACGUAUUAAGGUUGCCUUUAUCUUCACCCUUUGGUAUUUAACUGUUCCGAUUUUAAUGUUUGAUCGGACAUAAUCUUCUGAGUCUCUUACUCUCAUUGUUUAUUUCUUAUUCUUUUAAUUAGUAAAUUCUUUUCUAUUGAAGCCAGUGUUAACCAGUUAACAAGUUGAUCAAGCAUGAGAAGUGAAGAGUUGUCAUCAUCAUUACAGGAAUCAAUGGAGAACAAUAGCAGACCAACUGACCUGAAUGGAAACGAGCUAUAUGACGUUGAUUAUCUUCAUCCUCAAUAUCAUCAAUAUGCUCCAAGCCGUAAUAUUCAUGGGCCUUCAAUAUUCAAUGGUUCAUCUGAGUCAAAUAAAUUCGCUCGAUCUUUGUCUUUAAGUGCUUCUGGUAACCGAACAAGAGCAGGCUUGGAUCAUCGAGGAUCCCUUCCAAUAGCAUCUAUUCCUCCAUCAAUCGUGAAUGAAGUUCCAGUCGCGCCAAAUGGAACUUUUUCUUCCCCUACUGAUAUUGAUGGUCAAUGUAAAUUUAAUCAGUCAGUCAGCAUUUGUGAUAAGCAUUCAAAUCUUGCCCAAGAAGCUCAUGUCAACCUUGCAUAUGAGUUAGAUAAAGAAAAGUUGGAUGAUUUGGACCCAAGAGCGAUUUCACUUAGACCAACAUACAUUCAUGUACAGAGCAAAGCGAAACUACCCGAUAAACAGGCACCUGAUGAUGACUACCCAUAUGAUCCUGUUAAUUUAGUUGCUUCAAAAAUCAUCAGUCUUGUGAAAUCUAAUGUUGCAUCCAUCAAGUUUAUCCUUUUCCUACUUUACAAUCUUUACCUUGUGAUUGCAAUUAAAAAAACAUGGAAAAAGUCCCCGUCUUGUUGCGAAGGCGUCAAAUUCUUGGUUUUAAUUACCAGCAUUGUUUAUGCUACGGCAAUUUACUAUCUAGUACUUAAAAAGUUGAUAGUCAAACCUAUCUAUAAAAGAUUUUUGCGACCAAUUACUCGUUCAAUCAAGAAUCAACCAAUUUUACAAGGAUACAUUCGAAUAGCUGCAUUUAUCACUAUCAUGGUUUUAUUUGUUUUAUACACAAUUUAUCUUUCUCGGACGGACAAUAAAAAGAUCAUCUCAGCUUGUGGAAUAUUCAUCUUCAUCGGAAUCUCAUAUCUUUUAUCUGUAAACCGACCAGCAAUUCAAUGGAGUCAAGUUAUUUGGGGAAUAACUUUACAGUUCCUUAUGGCUAAUUUAGUUUUAAAAACUCAGCUUGGUAAAUCAAUUUUUCAAUGUAUUGGUGAUAAAAUUGUUGCCUUCCUCAACUUUACCGAUGAAGGCUCUAAAUUUGUUUUCGGAAGUCUCGUAAAUGGUAUUUCUGGCACUGAAAGUAUUUUUGCAUUCAAAGUUUUACCAAUCAUAAUAUUUUUUAGCUUCACUGUUUCGGUUCUUUAUUAUUAUGGAAUCAUGCAAAUCAUGGUGAUUAAACUCGGUUGGUUACUUCAAAUCACUGUUGGAUCAACUGCCUGUGAGUCUCUGGCAGCGGCAGGAAACAUCUUUUUAGGAAUGACAGAAACACCUUUAAUGAUAAAACCAUACUUAUCUAUAAUGACCCAAUCCGAGUUGUUUGCUGUGAUGACUGAAGGUUUUUCUACAAUUGCUGGAUCAGUUUUGGCGGCGUAUAUCAAUUUCGGGAUCAAUGCUAGUCAUUUGUUGUCAGCAUCUGUAAUGGCUGCUCCAGCUUCACUUGGAAUAGCAAAGCUAAUUUUUCCUGAAACCUCGAAAAGUAAAACGAAGUCAGAAGAUAUCGAAAUUGAAAAAUCAACUGAUAGAAAUGCUCUUGAAGCAGGAGUCAAUGGAGCUGCUCAAACCAUCAAACUUGUUGCUAAUAUAGCAGCUAAUUUAAUUGCUCUUUUAGCAUUCAUCAAAUGUUUAAACUCGAUUGUAUCUUGGUUUGCAUCUUUGAUCAACUUGGGCCACAUUGAUUUCACGUGGCUUUUAUCGAGACUAUUCAUUCCUUUGGCCUGGGCUAUGGGCGUCGAAUGGCAAGAUACUGAAAAAGUAGCUUCUCUAUUGGGCUUGAAAACUUUUCUCAACGAAUUUGUUGCUUACACAAAACUUGCUGAAAUGAAAAAUGCUAAUGAAUUAUCGGAUCGUUCACAAGUUAUCGCUACUUUUGCUUUAUGUGGUUUCUCCAAUAUCUGUGCGAUUGGCAUCCAAAUGGGAGGAAUAGGAUCAUUAAUACCUCAUCGGAAAUCGGAAUUAGCUUCCAUGGCUGUACGAGCAAUGAUUGCUGGCUCAAUAGUUACUUUUAUAAGCGCUUCGAUGGCGGGGUUACUUUAUACAGAGACAAUUACAAAUGUUUCAGAUCAUUUUCAAUUGUAAAAUUUUUCAAUUUUAAUUCUUCCCUUGUAAAUAGUCUAAGUUAGGAUUGAAACUUGUUUUAAUUAUUCCUCUUUCCUUUAAAUUUUAUUAUUUUUUAAAAAAGUACUUUUGAACAUUGAUUAAAUUAAUAUGGAACUUUGGUCUAUCAUCUGGUGAUCAAAUCCAUUAUCUAUUCUAUGAUAAA